AUGGCAUCGCAAGGCGCACCAGGCGACUCCCGCCCCAUAACCCCAACUCCCUCACAACUCCCGCCGGUCCCCGCGUCGCCAGUCUACUCCCUCGCCUCGACCGCGAACCCGCUCUCCUCCUACCAUCUGCCCCUUCCGCCACCACCGCAACCCGUACACGCCGUCCUCACAAAGUCCGACUUAGAGUCUUCCCAGACCGCCUACACCGACCUCAUCCAGUCCGCAAAGGCCUACCGCAUCGCCCUCGCAUCCCUCUCCACCGCAGCCUCCGCCUUCGGCUCCGCACUCGAAUCCUGCGCAAGGCUCAAAGAAGCCCGCGCAGAGUCUCUAUCGGGCGGCAUAAACGGCCUCUCGGGAGGCGGAGGCGGUGGUGGCGGCGGAGGCCUGUUGUCGGCAAGUUUCACGGCCGGCGGACCAAAGGGAUCCUGCACCGCCGACCUGCUUCUCUCCGCCUCGGGCGUCCACCAUCUGGUCGCGAACCACCAGCAGAUUCUCUCCGAGACCGUCUACCGCGACUUCGAGGUCCCUUUACUUCACGAGCUAGACCAAUGGCGACAGCGCGUCGACGACGAGGAGGAGGCCUACGUGCGCGAGGUCAAGGCCCGCAACGCCGAGAUCAGGAAGCUGGAAAAGGAAGGGCUGAAGCUGCAUAAGCAGCGCAGGAGAGACGUGGGCAAGUUCAGGGCACACCUGGUGGACCUGACGACGAGGCUUGACGGGUUGACUUCCCUGCACGGGGAGCACGCGCGGACGCUGCUGCGGGAGAGCCAGGAUACCAGCGGGCGGAUCCUCGAAUCGUCGUGUAGUCUUGUGCGCGCCGAGGUCGAUAUCUUUGAGUCGCUUGCGCGCAAAGGGUGGAGCGGCGGCGGGCUGGACGAGUUGUUGGAAAAGGGCGCAGAUCUGUUUGCCAGCGACGAGGUCGGUGACCACUCUGGGCUGGGCAGCGUUAUUGGCGGUGGUGUAGGCGGUGGCGGCGGGUCGGCCGAGACGGCCAAGCUGUUUAGCAUUCUCCCGCCCAAGAGUAUCCUCGCGGACGCGGCGUCGGAUAUGACGAGGCGAGGGGGCCACGCGCGGGGCGAUAGUUUGCUCAGCGACCCGGAGCGGUACCAGAGUCUCGCUGCCGCCGCGGGAGGGCCGUCGCCCGGCUUCGGCGGCGACGACAACGAUACGGAUAGCAUCUUUUCCGAGACGAAUUUCAACCGACCCAGGGGCGUGAGACCGUUCUCACCCCAGCCUAUCCGGCGGCACGCUACCGACGUUACGUUUGACAGUCUGGGGGUCGGUCUGAGUGAGGAGUCGAGGGGACAAGAGGACAAGACCCCUGAGAAUGAGGUGGAACAGAGGCGGCAUGAUGUGCUCGAGGAGGAAGAUGAGGACGAGACUCUCGGGGAGAGGCCGAAUUGGGGCGACGAGCCGGUUGACUCCAAAAGUCAUACUGAAAGCGGAGAAGAAGAAGAAGAACAAGAAGGAGAGUCUGCGGCGUUGCUUGGAGACACUGCCGUCGUGGAAGAUACCACCGCGCAAGACGGGGCGGCAAUCGCGAGCGGGUCGGAGGAGAGGGGGCGGCCUGGACGGCGGUGGAGUGUGAAUGAAGACGACGCCUAG